AACCCUCGACAUUUCCCGGAAGAAUGCAGAGAGAGAGAGAGAGAGCCGCCAAACCACACAGACACACAAGGGGCGGGGAGUGAAAUCGCAUUACCGACUGGAUUCAGAGACAGGGAGCAGGGCACAGGUAUCAGGCGAGAGAGAGAGGAGGAGAAUAUAACCCUUCUCCAAACCUUUGCUAGUUUGCAAAAGUGAGUGUCCCAGAUCUCCAAAGGGGAUGGUGGGGAAUUCCCAGUGGCUGAACUGACAUCUCUCUCUCUCUCUCUCUCCCCCCACCAGUUUUAUCUGGGUGUUUUUAUACUUGUGGACAGAGCAUUUUGGGUCAUUCCACCUUCAAACCUCCCCCCUCACCCCGAGGUUUCCGAGCUGGGAGCGAAUGCAACCCGGAUCCCGAGCGGGCAGUGUUGCAACUGAAACUGACAAGGUCAAUCCCAGCGACGGGAGUGGGCGAAAUCGACGGGGGAGGUCGCCAAACGGGGAAGGAGAAUCAAGAAGAGGGUCUCUUGCAACAUUGUAUCAGAAAUCGACACUGGAAAUUGGCAACAUUGUAUCUGAAAUCGACAUGAGACCCUUGCAACAUUGUAUCUGAAAUCGACACUGGAAAUUGGCAACAUUGUAUCUGAAAUCGACACUGGAAAUUGGCAACAUUGUAUCUGAAAUCGACACUUGAAAUUGGCAACAUUGUAUCUUCCAUCUGCAACAUUUGAAAUUGACAGGAUACCACCACCACCAGGGUGGAAUUGAGCAGAAAUUCCCUAACCUUGGAGGUUGAAAUUGACAAGGAAUCCACCCACGCCUCACCGACCCUCCUUCCUCCCUUCUCCUUGUGGUUCCACACCCCUUUCCCUUGGACAUGUUUUUAGGUGUUUUUGCCUGCAUUGUGUUAGAUCCGCCGCCCAGACACUGAGAUCAGCCGAAUUCAAUCCACCUCGUCCUUUCUUUUGGACUGCAAGAGAUACUUGCCAUCUUCCUGGUUUUGUUUCCAUCAAAUCCACACACACAAAAAAAACAUGGAGGACAGCACAGAAGAUGACAGCUGCACAGUCAAACAUGAACUUAAAAAUGCAAACCUGACAGGACACCCGGAAAAAGUGGGAAUGGAAAACUUCGAGCUCCUGAAGGUCCUAGGGACAGGAGCCUACGGGAAGGUCUUCUUGGUGCGGAAGGUGAGUGGGCACGAUGUGGGCAAGCUGUUUGCGAUGAAGGUGCUGAAGAAAGCCUCCAUCAUCCAGAAAGCCAAGACCAUGGAGCACACCAAAACCGAGAGGCAGGUCCUGGAGCAGAUCCGACAGAGCCCCUUCCUGGUCACGCUGCACUACGCCUUCCAAACCGACACCAAGCUCCACCUCAUCCUCGACUAUGUAAGUGGUGGAGAGCUGUUCACCCACUUGUACCAGCGAGACCACUUCAGCGAAGCAGACGUACGGAUCUACAUCGGUGAAAUUGUUCUUGCCCUCGAGCAUUUGCACAAGUUAGGGAUCGUGUACAGAGAUGUCAAGUUGGAGAACAUUCUACUGGACAGUGAGGGACACGUGGUCCUUACCGACUUCGGGCUGAGCAAAGAGUUUCUCACAGACGAGAAGGAGCGGACCUACUCGUUCUGUGGCACCAUCGAGUACAUGGCCCCAGAGAUCAUCCAGGGCAGUAAAUCCGGACACGGGAUGUCAGUUGAUUGGUGGAGCCUGGGGAUCCUAAUGUUUGAGUUGCUGACUGGGGCGUCUCCGUUCACCCUGGAGGGCGAGAAGAACUCCCAGGGGGAGGUGUCCAGGCGUAUCUUACAGGCUGAUCCCCCCAUCCCCUCGGAGAUCAGUCCUGCUGGUCGGGAUCUCAUUCAGAAACUCCUCGUCAAAGACCCGAAGAAGAGGCUGGGUUCGGGAGCCAAGGGGGUGUCCGAGAUUAAACGUCACCCCUUCUUCCGGGGUAUCAACUGGGAGGAUCUGGUAACCAAGCGGAUCCCAGCGCCCUUCAAGCCAGUGAUCCGGAGCGAGAUGGACGUCGGGAAUUUUGCCGAGGAGUUCACCGAGAUGGACCCCACCUACUCCCCAGCCAGCCUCCCCCACAGCGGGGACAGGGUCUUCAAGGGCUACUCCUUCAUUGCUCCAUCCGUGCUCUUUGCGCACAACGCUGUUACCUCUGGGGACCUGGAUCUUGAGCUGAGUGAGGUGGGAGGCUGCCCAGACAGUAUGGCAGUCGCGCGGAGUGCCAUGAUGAAGGACUCAGCGUUCUUCCAGCAUUAUGAGCUGGACAUGAAGGAGCCUCCCCUGGGAACGGGCAGCUUCUCCAUCUGCAGGAAAUGCCAAAACAAAGUCAACGGCCAGGAAUACGCAGUGAAAAUCCUGAGCAACAGGAUGGAGAGUCACAUCCAGCGGGAAGUGGGCGCGCUAAGGCUGUGCGAGGGUCACCCGAACAUUGUCAAACUUCACGAGGUCUUCCAGGACCAGUUGCACACCUACCUGGUAAUGGAGCUCCUGCGUGGGGGGGAGCUCCUCGAUCGGAUCCGAAAGCAGAAACAUUUCAGCGAGCUGGAGGCAAGUCAGAUCAUGAGGAGCCUGGUGUCUGGAGUCAGCCACAUGCACGACACCGGGGUGGUGCACCGCGACCUGAAACCAGAGAACCUACUGUUUGCUGAUGACAGAGAGGGUGCGCCCAUCAAGAUCAUCGACUUUGGCUUCGCCCGCAUCAAACUCCCCAACAGCCAACCCCUCCAGACCCCCUGCUUCACCCUGGAGUACGCUGCCCCAGAACUACUCCAGGAUCAGGGCUACGACCAGUCCUGUGACCUCUGGAGCUUGGGGGUCAUCCUGUACACCAUGCUCUCGGGACACGUCCCAUUCCAAAGUUCAACAAAAGGCAUGUCAUCCUCGAACGCAGCGGAGAUCGUCCGCAAGAUCAAAGGCGGAGAUUUCACCUUCAGCGGGGGCGCCUGGAAAAAUGUCUCCGAGGGAGCCAAGGAUAUCGUUCAAGGUUUACUCACUGUCGACCCUUCGAAGAGGUUGAAGAUGUCGGAUUUACGUCACAAAGACUGGGUGCAGAAUGGGAGCCAGCUGUCCUCUGCCUCUCUGAUGACCCCUGACGUGCUGGAUUCUGCAGGAACCACGGUCAAUACCUAUUUCAAGGCAACAUUCAUG